AACAAGUCUUUUGGUAGGAUGUAUUCUUCAAGCUCUACAAAGGUUUCAAGUCUUCAGGUUGCCCCACAAUCAUUUGAAAAAAUCCGGAUGCUAGGAAAAGGAGACGUUGGUAAAGUGUUUUUGGUUCGUGAAAAGAAAACAAACAAGCUUUAUGCAAUGAAGGUCUUGAAUAAAAAAGAGAUGAUCGAGAGAAACAAAAUAAAAAGGGUGUUAGCAGAACAAGAGAUUUUGUCAACAUCUAACCAUCCUUUUAUUGUCACUCUUUACCAUUCUUUUCAAUCAGAGGAUUAUCUUUAUCUUUGUAUGGAGUACUGUAUGGGUGGUGAAUUUUUUAGAGCAUUGCAAACUAGAAAAUCUAAGUGUAUUCCCGAAAGCGAUGCCAGAUUUUAUGCUGCUGAAGUUACAGCAGCUUUAGAAUACUUGCAUUUAAUGGGAUUUAUCUACAGGGACUUAAAGCCAGAGAAUAUUCUUUUGCAUCAAUCUGGCCACAUCAUGUUAUCUGAUUUUGAUUUAUCUAAACAGACAAAUUCCAACAAGAAUCCUACAAUUGCCAAUGUCAAUAACAAUGGAUUCAACAAUGGCAAUAUUCCAGCGUUGGAUACGAAAACAUGUAUUGAUGGUUUUAGAACGAACUCAUUUGUUGGCACUGAGGAAUAUAUUGCUCCAGAAGUUAUCCGGGGCCAUGGACAUACCUCUGCUGUUGAUUGGUGGACGUUGGGUAUUUUAAUUUUUGAAAUGCUUUAUGGUACAACACCGUUUAAGGGAAGCAGUCGAAAUAAGACAUUUACUAAUAUACUCAAGCAUGAUGUUGUGUUUCCUGAUUCUUCCACUUCUUCAUCAUCCAUUCAGUUUAAUGCUGAUAAUGGUUGCAAAAGUAUAAUUAAAAAAUUACUAAUUAAAGAUGAAAAUAAACGGUUGGGAUCCAAGUUGGGUGCCGCUGAUGUUAAAUCGCAUGCUUUCUUCAAGAAUACUAGAUGGGCUCUUUUGAGAAACCAAAAGCCCCCAAUGAUACCUGUUCUAUCAAAAAACCAGCCCAAUUCUAAAACUAAGAAAGAAAGUGAAAGUGUUGAUAUUUCAAAUGGGAAGAUUAUCAAUAGAAUGAACAGAAAAUCAUCAGAGAAACUAGAUCCUUUUGAAGAUUUUAGCUCAAUGACAUUAUUGCAUGGAGGAUCAGAAGAC